AUGGCCCCUCCGAAGGGAGGUGGAAAGAAAAAGAAGGGAUCUGAAGCGCAGCCCAAGCUUGACGGGCAUCGCGAAGGUCCCAAAUUUGUCGUCGUCAAACGUAUGGAUGUUAUGGAUGGGUCCUUCGAAAAGGUCAGCCCGAUCUUCAUCCACAAGGGAAUCAAAAGCAUCUGCGGAGAACCACUCAACAUCAUCAAACUGAGGGACGGAACGUUGCUAGUCAAAACGAAAAGCAUCAGCCAGGCAAACCAGCUGCUUCGUGGUAAAAUGAUGUUCGACAUGGAGAUUGCAGUAGAGGAAAACGCUAAACUCAACCAAACGAAAGGAAUCGUGACAUGUGCCGAUCUUCGGUACGCUACGGAAGAGGAAAUCAUGGAAGAUCUUCAAGACCAAGGAGUAGCCAGUGUUGAAGUCAUGAAGCGAAAGAAGGAUGGCAAACUGGUCACUACGAACAGUUACAUUCUUACAUUCAAGUCAACUGGAGUUCCCGAGAGCGUCAAGGUAGGAUUCCAUCACCUAAGUGUGCGCCUGUUCAUCCCCCGUCCGAUGCGAUGCUACAAGUGUCAAUUUUUCGGUCACUCGUCUAAGUUCUGUUCAAGGGAAGAGGUAUGUAGCAACUGCUGCCAGGUAGGUCACACAUCUAAGGAUUGCUCUGGUCAAACAUUGUGCAGGAACUGUGGUUCCUUAGAACAUGCGUCGUGGUCGAACAAAUGUAAAGUGUUUGCGGCCGAACAAGAGAUUACACGUAUCAAGGUCACCGAAAACGUUAGCAUCAGGGAGGCCCGCGAGUUGUACAAAGCUAGGUACCCCAAUAACACAAACACAUACAGUGAAGUAGUUAGGAACAGUCAGGUACAGAUCUCAAUCUCUCAACCGCCCGCUAAUGAUCCCAAAGACUUGUCAAAAAGCUCAGUCACUCAGCAACAACGAUCAGAUUCUCAACUCUCACCGACUAACACAACGAACACAGACUCAGAUCUCGAAGGUGCAACCGCCAUGGACUAUCAAGUAGCCAAGAUAUCUCGCUCUCUCUCUCCCAACACUAACGAUCACGACGAAUAUGAACACGAUGUUAAAAGAAUGAAAGCUGCUCCGUCAUCCUCAAGUGGUAGUAGCAGAUCAUCUGCCUAUGAUGUCUCUCUCUCCAGUAAUGGAUUGUAA